AUGACGGAGCGGAGAAGGGCUGCUGCAAUUGAUAACAUUGGCCCCUGGCAUUUUGUGGGACCGAAAUGUAUGCUCGCGUCGUGGGGUCAAACAGCUGCAGACGGACAGGCGUCGGAAUCUGUGUGGACGAAACUGGGUGAUCGGACCGAAAAGCCUGCUGCUCUUCAAAUGCCUUACGGGGAGAUUUUGGGGACGGUUGCGAUCAUGGUAUUGGAUACAUACAUAUACAUUUAUAUCAAUGCAAAAUUGCUGGCAGAGGAUUACUAUGCAAUGGAAAUCCCAUCUGGAGACCCUCAACCGCCGGGAAAUGCUAUCGGCUCCUUGGCAACUAUAUCAACCUACGUUAUCCAAGAAGACUUCUUGUCUUAA